ACCCUAUAUAGUUACGCUAUAUUUUGAAUACAGAAGAGAAACCGUCACAUUAACAAGGCGUGAACAAAAUGCCUGCAGUCUCUAAAGGGGAUGGGAUGCGUGGCCUGGCCGUGUUCAUCUCUGACAUCAGGAACUGUAAAAGUAAAGAGGCAGAGAUUAAGAGGAUAAACAAAGAACUGGCCAAUAUCCGUUCCAAAUUUAAAGGAGACAAGGCUCUAGAUGGCUACAGUAAAAAAAAGUAUGUCUGCAAGCUGCUCUUUAUCUUUCUUCUUGGCCAUGAUAUCGACUUUGGACACAUGGAGGCUGUCAAUCUCCUCAGCUCCAACAAGUACACAGAGAAACAAAUUGGGUACCUGUUCAUCUCAGUGCUGGUGAACUCCAACAGCGACCUGAUCCGUUUAAUCAACAAUGGCAUCAGGAAUGACCUGGCCAGCCGCAACCCGACUUUCAUGAACCUGGCCCUGCACUGCAUUGCAAACGUGGGCAGCAGAGAAAUGGCUGAGGCUUUUGCUUCUGAAAUUCCCAGCAUCUUGGUGGCAGGGGACACCAUGGACAGCGUGAAGCAGAGUGCAGCACUUUGCCUGCUACGACUCAAUAGGACAUCGCCUGACCUGGUGCCCAUGGGUGACUGGACAGCACGAGUGGUCCAUCUGCUUAAUGAUCAGCACCUGGGAGUGGUAACAGCAGCCACCAGCCUUAUUACCACUCUGGCCCAGAAGAGUCCUAACGAUUUCAAAACAUCCAUCUCGCUGGCUGUGGCCAGGCUCAGUAGGAUUGUGACUUCUGCAUCCAUCGACCUUCAAGACUAUACGUACUACUUUGUCGCUGCACCAUGGUUGUCUGUGAAAUUGCUGCGUCUUCUACAGUGCUACCCUCCACCUGAGGAUGCAGCGCUGCGAAGUCGCCUGACAGAGUGUCUGGAGACUAUCCUCAAUAAAGCCCAGGAGCCGCCCAAGUCCAAGAAGGUCCAGCACUCCAACGCAAAGAACGCUGUUCUAUUUGAAGCCAUCUCCCUCAUCAUCCACCAUGACAGCGAGCCCACCCUCUUGGUACGAGCCUGCAACCAGCUAGGCCAGUUUCUGCAGCACAGGGAAACCAACCUCCGUUACUUGGCUUUGGAGAGCAUGUGCACACUGGCCAGCUCUGAGUUUUCUCAUGAGGCAGUAAAGACGCAUAUAGAAACUGUGAUCAGCGCUCUAAAGACAGAGCGAGAUGUGAGUGUUCGCCAGCGCGCUGUGGAUCUGCUCUAUGCCAUGUGUGACCGCAGCAAUGCCAAGCAGAUUGUGGCAGAGAUGCUGAGAUACCUAGAGACCGCCGACUACUCCAUCAGAGAGGAGAUAGUGCUCAAGGUGGCUAUCCUGGCAGAAAAAUAUGCCGUGGACUACACCUGGUACGUGGAUACCAUACUCAACCUCAUCCGCAUCGCCGGUGACUAUGUCAGUGAGGAGGUGUGGUAUCGUGUCAUCCAAAUUGUCAUAAACCGAGAUGAUGUCCAAGGCUACGCUGCCAAGACCGUCUUUGAGGCACUACAGGCUCCCGCAUGUCAUGAGAACCUGGUUAAGGUGGGGGGCUACAUCCUGGGAGAGUUUGGUAACCUAAUUGCUGGGGAUCCACGCUCCAGCCCUCUGGUCCAGUUCAACCUUCUCCACUCCAAGUUCCACCUGUGCUCUGUGCCAACUCGGGCGCUGUUGCUGUCGGCCUACAUCAAGUUCAUUAACUUGUUUCCAGAAGUGAAAGCCACGAUCCAAGACGUCCUGCGCUCAGACAGCCAGCUGCGCAACGCUGACGUAGAGCUUCAGCAGAGAGCUGUCGAGUACCUGAGGCUCAGCUGCAUGGCCAGCACUGACAUAUUGGCCACAGUCUUAGAAGAGAUGCCUCCAUUCCCAGAGAGAGAGUCUUCAAUCCUGGCCAAGCUGAAGAGGAAGAAGGGCCCAGGCCACCUGCCCAACAUCGACGAUGACCGGCGAAAUGUCAACGGCAGCUCAGAGCACAGCGAGAACACGGACGCCACAAAAACGUCUUCCCCUUCACUGAUGGCAGACCUUCUCCCCACCAACAGACCCCGCCCUGCGACCUCCACUCCCAUCAUGCUCUCUGAUGGGAGCAUGGAAUCCACCUACCCUUUGACAGACCUGCUGAAUCUAAACUCUACCCCUUCAGCCGGAGCCAGUCUGCUGGUCGAUGUGUUUUCCGACAGCUCCACCCCUGCAUCUGUAGAUGUGUCUGAGGAACAUUUUCCCAGGUUUGUUUGUAAGAACAACGGUGUUAUCUAUGAGAACCAGCUUUUGCAGAUUGGACUGAAGUCUGAGUACAGGCAGAACCUGGGUCGCAUGUAUGUGUUCUACGGCAACAAGACAUCUACCCAGUUCCUCAGCUUCUCCUCAUCAGUGACCAGCCACGACACGCUCACGACUCAGCUGAAUGUCCACGCUAAGACAGUAGACCCCAUAAUAGAAGGUGGGGCUCAGGUCCAGCAGAUCCUCAACAUUGAAUGUGUGUCAGAUUUCACAGAUGCACCGGUACUCAACGUUCAGUUCAGAUAUGGUGGAACUCUUCAGACCAUUGCAGUUAAACUCCCUGUGAUGCUGAACAAGUUUUUCCAGCCCACAGAGAUGACAUCCCAAGACUUCUUCCAACGCUGGAAACAGCUUGGAGCUCCUCAGCAAGAGGUUCAGAAAAUCUUCAAAGCCAAACACCCAAUGGACACAGAUGUUACCAAGGCCAAGAUCGUAGGUUUUGGUGUAGCUCUGCUGGACGGGGUGGAUCCCAACCCUGCAAACUUUGUCGGAGCUGGAGUCAUUCACACUAAGAACACUCAGGUGGGCUGCCUCCUCAGACUGGAGCCCAACGCACAAGCACAGAUGUACCGCCUCACCCUCCGGACCAGCAGGGACUCCGUGUCUCAGAGACUGUGCAAUCUCCUUUUUGAACAGUUUUAGGCGCCAACCUUUUACACAUUUACUCUCCUGGUCUCACUUUAGAUUGGACUUGAUAUAUUGUACAGUGUACACUGUUUUUUUAUUUUACUUACUCUACAUGUAAAUGAAGUGAAAUGUAUUUUUCACACAUAGCUUUACUAAUACGUCACUGCUUUAAACCUGCCUUGUACUGUAUGUGUGUGGAUCCACACUGGGUUGGGUACGGCGGUGGAUGCUCCGGAUGCUUCUCUGUUGUGUUCUGCAGCUCCAGAGUUUUGAACAGUUUGGAAAUUGUGUGUUUUUGCUGCUUGCUCAUUCAAACAUUUUGAGUUGGUUGGGAAGCAUUAAUGAGACUGAAUUAGCUGAAAAUGUCAAAAGGACUGUAAGCUAACUUAUGAGCUCCACAAAUAAUUCAGUUAUUCUGAUAGCGGUUCUAUGAGGCAUUUAUUCUUGUAGUGUUUCAAACAAAUGUUGCACAGAACUGGGAAGCUUUCCUUAACUUCUUAACCAUUUUGCACUUGUAAAAAAAAUUGAUCACAUAAGUAGACCAGAUAGAUUUAGACAAGAGAAUUUUGACUUUGACUUGUUUCACCAAAUUCAAACGUCUGUCAUCUCAGGAGGAAAAGCAAAGCUUUGUAUUGUUUUUUUGUUGUUUGUUUGUUUUUUAGCAAAAAAUAGACUUUGGAUGCUACAAUUGUGCUUUUGUUGUGUGAACCAAGCAGAUGUUUUACACAUAGAAUUCAGACACUCAAAUAAAAUAGCAAAAAGUCAGUAUAGAACACUAGGUACCAAAUGGAUUUCAGUUUUUGAAAGUGAUGGAGAUUUGUUCCCAGAAUAUGUACUUUACUCCACACAGGUGUGCCUCUGAACUUUUGUUACUCUGUCAAGAAGAGAGAGGAAGAGUAAUUAGAAGUUAUAACUCUAAAGCACUGCCACACUGUCACUUUUUGCCUCAAUGCAUUCAUUCACAGAGCACUACCAAACUGAUAAUAUUUCUAUAUUUCAAUAAUGUACGGUGUAUUUUCUGUUUUAUAAAAUGUACUUUUGUCUUAA